CACCUAUUCACUUAUUUAAAGCGAAUGUGGUGUGACUAGCACAUAAGUACGGACGAGAAGGGAUAGAUUAGGUGCAUUGACUAAAGCACAACUAACAGCACUAAUGUUAGUUAACCCAAGGUCCUGGGAUUGCGAGAAACCUGGGGUCCGCUAUUUCUUAUAUCGUGGGGUUCGAUUGCUUGAAGUGAUUUAACCGAACAAACAUAUGUGGUCCUCUUCGGUUUGAGAAUUGAAAUAUCCAAGAUACUUUUACGCCUUCCGAUACCGCAAGAAAAUAUACUUCGCGAUACUAUACAAGUGGGUGGGUUGACGAGGGUAUUAGACUCUACACAUACAUGUACCGAUGCAGUACCAUGCAAAAAGUGUGGAAGUCGCAGAGAAACGGAACAAAACCCACAGCCCAAUAACAUAAGAUGGAUUUGCGAUGUUUUACAUCAGCCACAAAACACUAGCCACACUAAAUUACGUAAUAGAGACCCUGAACAAUGGAAUUUCGUCAUUGACCAUUCAAUUGACUGGUUCGUAUCGAAUGCAAGAAACAUAGAUCUGCACGCCUCCUCGACAACCCCACGAGCGUCGACCAACCGACGCAACAAAACUUGUCGCGAUAUCUACAAACAUGGCGGCUAGGUCAGGCAGACUAGGAACAUGGCUUAAAAUGUUGGCUGUUGGCGGUGUGGUAUGCGUAGGAGGCCCUGCAUUCGUCAUGUGGGUGCAACCGACUGACGAGGAACUUUUCAAACGAUACAACCCCGAACUUCAGAAGAAAAGUCUGGAGCGCCGAUACGAGAAACAGAAGGACUUUGACGAUUUCGUGACUCAGCUCAAGGAAUAUUCAAAAUCAGAUAAACCGAUAUGGAUAGUCCAGGAAGAGGCCGCACGGAAACGGAAAGAAGAAAUGCUGCGACAAGAUUUCCUCAAUGCUGAAGAAGCAAAGGCGAGAAAGGAAGCUUUAAGAAAAGAAUCUGGUCUAUCGCCAGAUGCCAAAAGCUAGGUGCGCUGGCGACAUAUUUUUCGACCCGCCGUUGUAUUAUGAGAUACCUCUAAAACGGGAUUUGGAAAAGUAGGGCAUUCAGGGUCUGGGAGCAUAAAAAGGCGUUUGGGCAAAAAUUGGGUGCAGGUCAAUUUGGUGACUUGCUAUGUACCUGUAUAUGACAUGAACGCCAAUCAACACUCAAUAAUUCACCCUGUUUAACUAGAUUGAUUCUAU